AUGGCCACUAUGCGCGCGGUCGAUAUCAAAGGCGGAAAGGGCGGCAUUGACGCGCUGUUCAUCAAUGCUGAGACGCCAAAGCCGACACCGAAGGGAAGCCAGGCGCUGGUAAAGGUCAAGUACUUCGGUCUGAACCGCAUGGACUUGCUCCAACGCGAGGGCUAUUACCCGGUGCCUCCCCAGGCGGGACCCAUCAUGGGAGUCGAGUUCUCCGGCGUGAUCGAAUCUUUCGGGAGCGCCCCUGAGAGGGGAUUCAACGUCGGUGACGAGGUGUUCGGCCUCGCGUACGGUGGUGCAUACGCCGAGUACAUUGCCGUCAGCACACAUAUGCUCGUGCACAAGCCCAAGGAACUCAGCUGGGAGGAGGCCGCGGGGAUUCCCGAGACGUGGAUCACCGCGACCCAGGCGCUGUACCUCGUCGGCGAAUUCAAGCCUGGCAUGAGCGUCCUGUGGCACGCGGGCGCGAGCAGCGUCAGCAUCGCCGGCAUCCAGCUUGCGAAGGCCGAUGGUGCGAGCGCCGUGUACGUGACGGCCAGCACCCAGGAGAAGAUCGACUUCUGCAAGACUCUCGGCGCGACCGAGGGGUUCAGCUACAAGGAGGGGAACUGGGCCGAAGCUCUGCUCAAGUACACGGAUGGCAAGGGCGUGGGCUUGAUUGUCGAUUUUAUCGGGGCCGGGUAUUUCAACCAGAACCUCGAUGCCGCGGCGCAAGAUGGCCAUAUCGUCCUUCUGGGCAUGAUGGGAGGUGGCGUCGUCAAGGGAGACGUGGACGUCAGUAGACUCUUGAGAAAGCGGCUGCGGAUCGAGGGAAGUACUUUACGCAGUCGCGAUGAGAAGUACCAGGGCCGUCUGAGGGAUAUGCUGGUCGAGCAUGCUUUGCCGAGAUUCGUCAAGGGCGAGUUCAAGGUGCCCGUGCAAAAGGUGUUCAAGAUGGAAGAGAUCAAGGAGGCUCAUGCUCUGCUUGAAUCGAACCAGACCAUGGGGAAGGUCAUUUGUAAGGUGGAGUAG